ACCUGCAUGCGACACAUUCAUAUAAAAACUGGUGCAGCUCAUACGAAUGGCACAGUCAAGCACUUACAUCACAAAAUAUCACAAUGGCCGCUAAGUUCUUCGCCGUUCUCUGCCUGGCGGUUGCCGCCUCGGCUCUCCCAGUGGUCCCGAUAGCCAAAAUCGCAUAUGCCGAGCACGAAGCCCCCGCACACUACGACUUCGAGUACUCCGUUCACGACGAGCACAGCGGAGACAUCAAGCAACAGAAGGAGUCCCGCGCCGGAGACGCCGUCCAGGGCUUCUACUCGCUGGUGCAACCCGACGGUGUCCACCGCAUCGUCGAGUACACCUCCGACAAAGUAAACGGAUUUAACGCUAACGUCCGCUACGAGGGACACCCCGUCGCUCAGCCCGCAAAGAUCGCGUACGCCGCUCCCGUCGCCAAGCUCGCCUACUCCGCCCCCGUGGCCUACGCCGCACCCGUAGCCAAGAUCGCCUACAGCGCUCCUGUUGCCAAGAUCGCCUACAGCGCACCCAUCGCUAAGUUCUUCGUGGUCCUCUCCCUGGCGGUCGCCGCUUCAGCUCUUCCAGUUCUGGAAUAUGCCGAGCAUGAAGCCCCCGCACACUACGACUUCGAGUACUCCGUUCACGACCAGCAAAGCGGAGACAUCAAGCAACAGAAGGAGUCCCGCGCCGGAGACGCCGUCCAGGGCUUCUACUCGCUGGUGCAACCCGAUGGUGUCCACCGCAUCGUCGAGUACACCUCCGACAAAGUAAACGGAUUUAACGCUAACGUCCGCUACGAGGGACACCCCGUCGCUCAGCCCGCCAAGAUCGCGUACGCCGCUCCCGUCGCCAAGCUCGCCUACUCCGCCCCCGUGGCCUACGCCGCACCCGUAGCCAAGAUCGCCUACAGCGCUCCCAUUGCAAAGGUCGCCUACACCGCUCCUGUCGCCAAGAUCGCCUAUGCUGGCCCCGUCACCAAGGUCGCAUACGCAGCCCCAGUCGCCAAAGUAGCCUAUGAUACGGCUCCUUUAGCUCACGUCACCUUCUCCUCUCCCGCUAUCUCCUACCACCACUAA